AUGGACGUAGACAGAGGAGCAUUGACCACAGUGGUGGAAGAACACAUGCUUAAAUACCUAAGUGAAGGUACCCAGCCACUGAAUUUGAAGCAAGCCACAGCUCAGCUGAAGAUGUACACUGAAGAGGCAAUACAGUCGCUUCUUGCCAAACUUGUCAAUAGUGGUAGCCCCUUUACACCCAUUAUUGAAAAAGAACCAUCGAUGGUCAUGGAAUGUGCAACAAGAAGAAGCCUUCAUAAAAUUCAAGAUGCUUUUGCACUCAUCAUGUCUACUGCUAAGUUCCCACGUUCCUAUAACUGUGAAUGCUUCAAUCAACCGCUAGGGAUACGGAGGUACAAGAGCCACUUGAAGAAAACUGAAGAAAAUUGUUUAGAGAUGCAAUUUUUACACAAGAGUAUAAUCCCAACAAUGCAUUUUCAAGACAGUUUGCCAAGGUUACCUAUUCCUAAACUUGAAGAUAGCAUUCGCCGUUAUUUGGCUGCUCAGAGGCCACUACUGGAAGACGAUGACUACAGGAAAACAAAAGAUAUUGCUAAGAAUUUUGAAAAAGGAGUUGGCAGAACACUACACAAGCAGCUGGUAUAUUCAGACCGAAAGAAUAAACACACAAGUUAUAUUAGUGCUCCCUGGUACAACAAAUAUCUAACAGCAAGAGAACCUCUUGUUCUCAACUUCAAUCCAUUCAUCAGUAUGCACCUUGACCCUAAACCAGAAUAUAAUAAUCAACUUGUUCGAGCCACAAAUUUGGUCAUCUCAGCUUUAAGAUUUCUCAAAACACUGAGGAGCAAUUAUUUGACACCAGAUAUAUUUCACAUGAAACCAAAGUGGAGUGAGACCAAUUCAUUCAAAAGAUUGGUCAGCUUGCUUCCCUCCAGAAUUUCCUGGUAUGGAGCCUACCUGGCCAGUGCUUAUCCUUUGGAUAUGUCUCAAUAUGUCUGUCUGUUUAACACCACCAGGAUCCCUAAGCUGAACAAAGAUGAACUUCUGACAGUGGAGCAAUCCAAGCAUUUGCUGGUGAUGAGAAAUGGCAAUUUUUAUGUGUUUGAUGUGCUGGAUAACUGUGGUGAUAUUCUCCAUAAAUCAGAAAUCAAGAAAUGCCUUCACUGUAUCCUCCUGGUGGAUAGCUCUCCUCCCAAGUUCCCACUGGGUUACUUGACAACUGAAGACAGGGAUACCUGGGCAAAAGUGAGACAGGGUUUGGUAGAUCUAGGAAAUACAGAGAGCUUGCACCAAGUGGAUAGUGCCAUUUUUUGUCUCUGUCUGGAUGAUAAUCCAGUUGAGAAUGAAACUGAACUCACCCACGCUAUGCUCCAUGGUUACGGCGCAAACCGCUGGUUUGACAAAUCCCUCAGUUUGAUCAUUACUAAGAACGGGAUAUCUGGCAUUAACUUCGAACAUUCCUGGGGGGAUGGUGUGGCUGUAUUGCGGUUCCUGGAGGAGAUAUUUAAGGACAGUACAAAAAAUCCAGCUAUCAGCCCCAAACCAGAGCCAACUUCAUCAGACACAUCUGCAGCUGUCAGGAAACUUGAGUUCAAACUGAGCGAAUCAGUGCAAGCAGCAGUCAAAGCAGCACAGGAGAAAUUUGAGCAUCAAAGAAAAUCCUUGGAAGUCGAACAACUAGAGUUUCGCAAGUUUGGAAAGAAUUUCAUAAUCAAACAGAAUUUAAGUCCAGAUGCAAUUGUGCAGCUGGCCUUUCAGAUGGCCUUUCUCCACCAGCAUGGCAAAACUGUUUCUACUUAUGAGUCCUGUAGCACCGCUGCCUUCAAACACGGACGCACAGAAACUAUUCGUCCAGCUACUCUUCUUACCAAACAGUGCUCAGUGGCCUUUGUUUAUGAAAGGGGGAAGCACAGCUCAGAGGAACUGAAGAACAGGGUUCACAGUUGUUCCGAACAUCAUAGGAAGUUGCUGAUCGAAGCCACCUUGGGCAAUGGAUUUGAUCGACAUUUGUUCGCAAUGCAGUGUCUGGCAAAGGCCUCGGGUGUGUCUCUACCAGAAUUUUACCAGGAUCCUGCCUACAUCCAACUCAAUAAUAUAAUCAUCUCAACGAGCACAUUGAAUAGUACAGCUGUUGAAAUUGGUGGAUUUGCGCCGGCCACACAGGAUGGAUAUGGCAUUGGAUACAACAUUUAUGACACCUGGUUUGGAUGCAAUCUCAUUUGGUAUGGGAACAGAGAAGGAAAUGAAUUUCUGAAAUAUUUGAACCAGAGUUUGGAUGAUAUCUUUGAUGUUCUAAAAGGAAAACCUCUAGUUUAA